GCCCUGCUGUACGACGACGCUCUCUCUGAAGAAGACACCCCACUAGUGGACUGUAAUAACGCCCCUCUCCCUCCAAUCCUCCCCUCCUCAUGGAUUGAAAACAAGCUCUGUGGUAGAAUCUCCCAUGCAUUUCCUGGAUUUUAGAAACAGGAUACACAGCACAAGCUCUCUUUUGACAAGCUGUGAUUGGCUUUCCGUAGUCCAGUGUGUGUGACUGUGAUCUAGGCAUGCCGUUUGUGGUUUGAUGCUGACAUAUCUCCCAUUUCAUGGUAGAUGAGAGACACAAUGAAAAAGGGGUUUGUGUUUUGACUUCUUUUGUAUAUUUGGACCUGCUUCAAAUGUACAUGAAUGCUGACCAAAAUCAUAAAGAUUGUGAAUAUGGACCAUAUAUAUAAAUAUAAAUAUUCUUUGUUUCCUAUUUAGAAUCUUCUCUCCACGCCAUGUGAAUCUCCUCAAUAUCAGUUAAGAUGUUUUCUGUUAGAAAUGACACCUUCAGGCAUAAAAGCUCCAGUUCAGUGCUAGUCUAACUAUGAGUCACAUUUUUGCAUCUUUUUACAUAAUUGUAUUUUAUUUUUUAUUUUUAUUGUACUUAACAUUUUAAUGAAUCCUCAAUGUACAGCAAAAUCAUCAAAGAGUUAAAAACAAAAAUCCUGAAUAACAAAGAUAUAUACCUUAACUUAAACUUAAUGGAUAUUUGGUGUAAAAGACAGUAAUAAUAAUAGUAAUAACUAGAAAAGUUCAAUUUCUUGUAAAAAUACGUUUGAUUGCAGAAUUACAGAAGGUGGUUGCUUUAAUUGAAUAACUUUAAGAAGAAGAAGCUAAAAUGUAUUGAACGGAAAAAGGUUUAAUUAAUUUCUGAAGCUGUACUAAUAUAAUAGUAUACUAAUAUUGUAUAAUACUUUAUACAAUAAAGUAUGUAGAAUUGUU